UCUGUGGACUGUUGUUGAACUUGACAAUGCCAACCCUAACGAGUCAACUGGUGCAUGCGUCAGUGGCAAACCCGGAUAAUAAGGACGAACUGUUGAGAUGUCCACAACGGCGGUGGAGCAAUAGGUCUGACGUGGGUUGCUCAUGGGUUGCCUCAGGCCGUCUGUUGUGGAUCCUCUUGACAGAUAUGCUCGUUCUGUCUGAUACAAGCGGGGAUCUUGCACCAGAAUUCCAUGGUCUUCUUCGCUUCUAGGCGUUGCCGGCAACAGAGUUUCAAGAUCAAUUACGUAGGUAUCGGAGUCACGGUUGUCGGCGCCAUACCCCUAAUCAGGGUGUCUCGGCAGAACGGUCCACGUAUGUAACAGGAGAUCU